AUGAAUGAAUUUUGAAUUAUAAAUAUGUGUAAGUAAUAAAAGUACAAAUUAGAAACAAUGUUCUUUAUUGUGAUUUCUGAAUUCUCCAUGUCCUUAUUUUCCCCACAAAUAACCAUUUAAAGCACAGCCAAGUACCCACUUAAUGCAGCUGGCUCCAACCCAUUUCCCUCCUCUUUUUACCCUUCUUCUUAUUCCUUCUCUUCUAUAAACCCCAUCUCUUCCCCCUUUCUCACUCCACAUUCCACAUUCCCUCUCUAAAACCUCCCAAUUUUCAAAAAUGGAACCCCUAAAUCUCAUUUUCUCUCUCCUUACCUUACUCCUCUUAUCCUCUUCUUCUUCCUCAGCUAAACGCCAUGAACAAUCUGUACAAACACUUUCUAUUAAACCCGAUAUCAUCAACCCUAAAUUACCACCCAAAUCAUUAUCAUCCAACAAGAAAUUUGAAGGUUCGUCUAAUUUGGUAGACUUGAAAUAUCAUAUGGGUCCCGUUUUAUCAUCUUCCCCGAUUAAUGUUUACAUUAUUUGGUAUGGUAAGUGGGCCCCACAACAACAAUCUCUCAUUAGAGAUUUUCUUCAUUCAAUCUCACCUUCUUCUUCAUCCUCCUCUUCUAAAUCGACUCAAACAGUGUCCGAUUGGUGGAAAACGGUGUCGCUUUACACUGACCAAACCGGUGCUAACGUGUCAAGGAAUCUUCUCAUUGCCGGAGAAUAUUCCGAUCAUUAUUAUUCUCAAGGGUCUCAUCUGACCCGACUUUCAGUCCAGCAAGUAAUUGGAAACGCAGUUAAAACGGCACCGUUUCCAGUAGAUCAUAAACAUGGAAUCUACCUCAUAUUAACUUCUGUGGACGUUACCAUGCAAGAUUUCUGCCGAGCGGUAUGUGGGUUCCACUACUUUACUUUCCCAUCUCUCGUGGGUUACACGCUCCCUUACGCAUGGAUCGGGAAUUCGGGCAAACAGUGCCCCGAAGUUUGUGCAUACCCGUUUGCAGUACCCGGGUAUAUGGGUGGUAGCGGGUUGGCGGCUCUUAAGCCGCCGAAUGACGAUGUGGGUGUUGAUGGGAUGAUUAGUGUCAUUGGGCAUGAAUUAGCUGAGCUUUCAUCUAAUCCGUUGAUUAAUGCAUGGUACGCCGGAGAAGAUCCCACGGCUCCCACUGAAAUUGGGGAUCUUUGUGAAGGAUUAUAUGGUACGGGUGGUGGUGGUGGGUAUACGGGUCAAGUAAUGAGAGACCGAAAGGGUAAAACUUUUAAUAUGUAUGGGAAAAAAGGAAGAAGGUUUUUGAUUCAGUGGAUAUGGAGCCCCGUUUUGAAAGCUUGUGCGGGACCAAAUGCUUUGGACUAAAUUUAUAAAAAUUUAAUACUGAUAUUAUUAUUACGAAUAGUAGUUUAGUAUUUUUAUUUUAUUUACCAUGUAAAUUAUUGUUAUACUAUUAUUAUAUAUGGUGUUUCAUUCGUUUCAUUA